AUGGCUUCUGACAGGGUCCCGAGGAGAGUCGGGGUGGUGGGCUACGGCCGCCUUGGACAGUCCCUUGUUUCUCACCUGCUGACUCAGGGACCAGAACUGGGCCUCGAACUUGUUUUUGUCUGGAAUCGCGACCCGGGACGAAUGGCAGGGAGCGUGCCUCCUUCCCUGCAGCUCCAAAACCUCGCUGCCCUCGGGGAGAGGCACCCCGACCUUGUAGUGGAAGUGGCCCAUCCCCAAAUAAUCCAGGAAUCUGGGGCACAAAUCCUGCGUCACGCCAAUCUCCUGGUGGGGUCCCCCUCAGCCCUGGCUGAUCAGGCCACAGAGCAGCGGCUCCUGGAGGCCUCGCACCGCUGGGACCAUGCUGCGUUUGUGGCCCGGGGGGCCCUGUGGGGCACUGAGGACAUCACCAGAUUGGACGCAGCUGGGGGCCUCCAGAGUCUUCGUGUCACCAUGGCCACGCACCCCGAUGGUUUCCGGCUUGAGGGACCGCUGGCUGCAGUGCGCAGCACUGAGCAUCGCACGGUGCUCUAUGAAGGUCCCGUCCGCGGGCUCUGCCCCUUCGCCCCCCGCAACUCCAAUACCAUGGCGGCCGCUGCCCUGGCUGCCCCCAGCCUGGGCUUUGACCGCGUGGUCGGAGUGCUUGUGGCGGACCUCAGCCUCGCAGACAUGCACGUGGUGGACGUGGAGCUGACUGGCCCCCCGGGCCCCACAGGACGAAGCUUCGCCGUGCACACCCACAGGGAGAACCCCGCAGAGCCAGGCGCGGUCACGGGCUCUGCCACCGUUACCGCGUUCUGGCGCAGCCUCCUGGGCUGCUGCCAGCUCCCCUCCAGGCCGGGGAUCCAUCUCUGCUGA